AUGGAUAUCAAUGAAUUACGUAUCAAACUCCAAGAUGAAGAAGAUACAGAGUUACCAGAAGCCAUAUUCCAAGAUUUGGAAACCACUUCCAAGACCACCAUGGAGAAGAAUCUUAAGCGAUUCACAAAGGACAUCAAGUCGUACACAGGAGGAAAAUGGACACAAUCAGGUGCCAUCAACAAGGAAUUCAUCCCUGAACUCAAAAAACGGAGCAUUGACGUCCAUACAGCCAUCCAAGCAAGAUACAAGGAUGCAGACAAGCUUCGACAAGCAGCUCGAGCUGCAACCGAGAUCUACGAGGACCUCCAGGCGCAUCAUCAACAGAGGAGGAAACUAUUCGAAAAACUCUUCGAUUACCAACAGCAGUUCGCUACAUUGACGUCGAAGAAGACGAAGAAAAAGACUUGGCCUUCUCUCCAAAAGCUGUCAAAGAAAUCUUCGAUGCAAGGUACCAAGAGUCAAUUGAAAGGAAAGCCUCAGGUGGAUAUAGAUCUUAUGGAUCUCGACAAGGAUUCAACAACAACCGAGGCAAGCCUUUCUACAGGGGUGCGAGAAAAUCUUUUUUCGGGAGAAACCAUCACCAUCCUCAGCAGACCCAAGGACUCCAACACCGAUCCCGACCAAUCCACCAACCAAUGA